GCGUCUCGUUGAGGUGGAGGCAGUCCCUCACUCCAUCUUCUCGACAAACGCAACACCACCGAGAGACACAAAGCUUUAGCUUCCCUUCCCUUGCAGCUACAGGGAGGGAGGGAGGCCGCCCUUUCCCGCCACCCACCCCUCGCCGUCGCCGUCCGCCGGAUGAUGGAAACUCUGCCCGCGCCGCGCCCCACCCAGAUCCCCAGAUCCACGGCCAUCCGCCCGCCGUGCGCCACCCCCUUCUCCCGCGCCCACUGGCAGACCACCUGCGCCGCCAUCCUCGCCACCACCACUACCACCAACGCCAAAGCCUAUGGCGCCCCGCGGGUGAACGGCGACAGCAUCAAGCCCGCCCUCUCCGACCACGCCGCGCCGCCGCUCGACCUGGAUCUGCUCCCCGUCUCCAACCUCCCUCGCCCGCUCACCAUCACCGACCUCUCCCCCGCGCCCAUGCACGGCAGCCAGCUGCGCGUCGCUUACCAGGGUGUCCCGGGGGCAUACAGCGAGGCCGCCGCCGCCAAGGCCUACCCCUCCUGCGACGCCAUCCCCUGCGACCAGUUCGAGGUGGCCUUCCAGGCCGUCGAGCUCUGGAUCGCCGACCGCGCCGUCCUCCCCGUCGAGAACUCCCUCGGCGGCAGCAUCCACCGGAACUACGACCUCCUCCUCCGCCACCGCCUCCACAUCGUCGGCGAGGUCCAGCUCCCCGUCCACCACUGCCUCCUCGCGCUCCCGGGCGUCCGCAGGGACCUCCUCACCCGCGUCAUCUCCCACCCGCAGGCGCUCGCCCAGUGCGAGCUCACCCUCAACGCCAUGGGCCUCAACGUCGCCCGCGAGGCCUUCGACGACACCGCGGCCGCCGCCGAGCACGUCGCCGCCGCGGGGCUCCGCGACACCGCCGCCAUCGCGUCCUCCCGCGCCGCCGAGCUGUACGGGCUCCAGGUGCUCGCGGACGGCAUCCAGGACGACGCCGGGAACGUGACGCGGUUCGUGAUGCUGGCGCGGGAGCCCAUCAUCCCGCGAACGGACCGGCCAUUCAAGACGAGCAUCGUGUUCGCGCACGACAGGGAGGGCACGUCGGUGCUCUUCAAGGUGCUGUCGGCCUUCGCGUUCCGGGACAUCAGCCUCACCAAGAUCGAGAGCCGCCCACACCGCCACCGCCCCAUCCGGCUCGUCGACGACGCCAACGUGGGCACGGCCAAGCACUUCGAGUACAUGUUCUACAUCGACUUCCAGGCGUCCAUGGCGGAGGUCAGGGCGCAGAACGCGCUGUCGGAGAUACAGGAGUUCACCUCCUUCCUCCGGGUGCUCGGCAGCUACCCCAUGGACAUGACGCCCUGGGAGUAUUCCUCCUCCGGCCAAACCGCCGGCGACACCAGCAGCAGCUGAUUGAUCAACAAGACUGAUGCUGCUGCUGUUAUUGGUAGUUGAAUACAGUUAUCUCAAGAAAUGCUCAAAUUUUUGUUGGUUAAUUUGCUUCUUUCUUCUUCUUGUUUUCCUUUGAAAUUUUUGUGACCAAAAUUGGAGAGAGGGGAGGAAGACCUCCUAAUGUUUGAUUGCGGUCGCGGGUGCGGAUUUACAUCAUGAUGAUGUUCUCAGUAAGUCGAAUUUUACAUCUUGGAAUGGAAGAGCUGCCUAAAACAAUCAAAACAACCACCACAUUUCUGCUGUCCUGUGAUCUUGUCUGCUCACAAAUGUUUGGCUCUCUUGUUGCUGAGAAAAAAAAAAUGAAUGAAUUCACUGAUCGAUAUGGCAUGCCA